UGGCGGUCGUCGCGGCGGACGCCGAGGCGCGCGAGGCGGAGGAGAGACGACGCGCAGAGGAUGAGAAACGAAAGAUAGCGGAGGCGGAGGCGGCGAAGAAGAAGGCAGAGGAAGAAGCGGAGGCGGCGAAGAAGAAGGCGGAGGAAGAGGCGAAGAAACGAGCGGAGGAGGAAGAGGCAAGACGCAAGCAGGCGGCGAGCGAUUACGUGAGUGGAAAGAGCACGGGCGGAGAGAUUCCGCGCGUCGCCGCCGCCUCGGAGGCGCUCGAGCAAGAAGCCGAGCUGGCUAAGACGCUCAUCGAGGCGCGACAGAUGGUGGCGGAGUACCAGGCGCAUCCGGGGGCGAGGAUGGAGCGCAGAAAACUCACGAACGCCAUCGUCGUCCACGUCCAGCAAAUCGCCGCGACGCAAGAGCAAAUCAACAAAAAGAGUCGAGACAUCAUGCUCAUGUUGGUCCAACUCCAAGAGCCGCAGCGCACUUUCGCUUUGCUUAGCAUCGCUAAAAAGAUGUUGUCGCAGUGCGACGUGCAGGUUGCAAAGCUCAACCGGUACGCGUUCGCGCUCGCCGAGGUGGCGGUUCGCAUCGCCGUGGACGUCCCUCGAUUCGGCGCUUUGCUCGUUGCCCUCGUGCACGAGGUGUGCGUGAGUUCGGUGCCAAAAUAUUAUCCGUACGUGCAGGGGCGAUACGCAACGGAUGACGAGUACUACGACCUCAUGGGUUACGUCAAGAACGACGACGGGGUCGCGUUCGAGACGACGGAUUCGUACGUCGAUCGUAUGACGGGCAUCAUGCUCUUCUACGCCGCCUUUGUGCAGGUCGACGCUCCAAAGCAUCCACACGGCAUCGACGCCGCAUGGAGGUGGCUCGUCCGUCUCCUCAAUCGAUGCCCGCCAAAUCGGUACACCGCCGCCGCGCUGGACUCAUUUCUCAAAAUCGCUGGCUAUCGUAUGCACGCCGCGUAUCGCGGGCAAUUCGUCAAAAUCCUGGAACUCAUUCACAAGGAAUUCCUACCCAAGCUCGAAGCGAAGAGCGACGCGGACGUGCGCCCGGUGAGCAGCCGCGUGUCGAGCUACCUCAUCGAGCGCGCGUUCGAGCGCGAACCGGACGGAAUGCGCAUGCCCGCGACAGACACCUCCAGCACGACGAUUUAAUAG